CUGCCCGGUUUCUGUUGGAGCUCAUUAAAAUGAAUGAAAUUUGACACUGCUCAUCUCAUUUAAGGUGUGGUCUGGCGGCAAGCAUGAGUGGAAUUUUGAAGAGGAAGUUUGAAGAGGUGGAGGGAGCGUCCCCAUGCUCCUCACUGAGGGAGUCAGAGGAGGAGGAGAUUUCGAGCAGCGAGAGUGGAGACAGUAGUGACAGCGUCAACCCCUCUGCCUGCCACUUCACACCCUCGUCUAUCCUCAAACGUGAGAAGCGGAUGAGGACUCAGAGGGUGCAUUUUGAGAAGGUGACGGUGUAUUACUUUAGCCGGCGACAGGGCUUUACCAGCGUGCCCAGUCAGGGUGGCAGUACCCUGGGCAUGUCGAGUAGACACAGCUCUGUACGGCAAUACACCCUGGGUGAGUUUGCCAAUGAGCAGGAGCGCAUACACAGAGACAUGCUGAGGGACCACCUGAAAGAGGAAAAGCUCAACUCCAUUAAACUCAGGCUCACCAAAAAUGGGUCUGUUGAGUCUGAAGAGGCCAACACUCUUACACUGGAGGAUAUCUCAGAUGAUGACCUGGACCUAGACAACACAGAGGUGGAUGAGUACUUCUUCCUCCAGCCAUUAACCACUAAGAAGCGUCGGGCUCUGCUUCGUGCAUCCGGGGUCAAGAAGAUCGACGUAGAGGAGAAGCACGAGCUGAGGGCCAUCCGAGUGUCACGAGAAGACUGUGGUUGUGACUGCAGACUCUUCUGUGACCCUGAGACCUGCACCUGCAGCCUGGCAGGCAUCAAGUGCCAGGUGGACCGCAUGUCAUUCCCAUGUGGCUGCACUAAAGAGGGCUGCAGUAAUGCAGCUGGGCGGAUUGAAUUCAAUCCUAUCCGAGUGCGUACGCACUUCUUGCACACCAUCAUGAAGCUGGAACUAGAGAAGAGCAGAGAGCAGCAGCAGAGCUCCACCCCUGGUACAGCCACUGUUUCUACCCCUAAUGGCAAUGGGUACCACAGUGACACUAAUGGCCACUGCACCGUCCCUCUCACCACAGGCCAACACGCUCUGGAAUAUCAGGUUUCUGAUUCGGUCCAGCAGAGUGCCAUGAUGCACCUGCAAGCUGUUGAUGACAUGGAUGAAGCUUUGGAAGAGGAAGACGAUGAAGAGGAGGAAGAGGAGGAGGAGGAAGAAGAUGAUGAGGAAGAUGAUGAAAAUGAGGAAGAGGAAAGCAGUAGUUUGUGUAGCCUGUCCGAUUCGAGUACACAGAGCCUUGCGAACAGCGACUCAGAAGAGGAAGAUGAUGAUGUCGGCGAUGUUGACAAGGAAGAGGAGUUUGAGGAGAGGCUGAGUGUGGCUGCUUUGCCUCACAGUGAGGUGGUUUCUUCAUCAUCUGUGAUGUGCUACAGUGAAAAUACAAUCACACAAGAAAACCAAACUAACGGCAAUGCUUACUUCAUCAACUCCUCAGCUGAAUAUUAUCAGAUGGAGAAUGCUAGUGCAGCUUCACUUUUAGCUGAAACUAACCAGGCUAGCGAGAGCUACAUAGGAGAUUCAACUUUAUAUCAAGACAGGGUUAACAAUGCCAACAGAGUGAUGCCACCGGGAGCCUUUAACAUGACCGCUGAUCAUUACACUGACUAUUCACAGCCACCUGAAGAACAAUACACCAACCAUCAUUUCAGUCUCAAUAAUGGAUCCACAGCCAUCGUUAGCUGCUGCGAACCACAACAGGACAAAAGCAUGCCAUCAAAAGGGACCUUCCACAGCCAAUCAGGAGAGCUGAAUCCAAUGGAGUUCCAGAACUAUCUGAACAAUAACACACAAGAUGCAUACUCUACUAAUGGGAACUGUUUUGUGGUAGAGCAGCCAAAGAAGGUUUCUCAUAGCCUUUCUGAAGUUCCAUCUUUAGCAGAUGCUACAAAAGGACCUCCAGUACUGGAGCCUUUCACUGAGCCGACCCCAGUUUGAUAAAUACACCACAUUAUUCAAAAGAAGGCACACAUUACAAGACCUCUUUUACAUGCUAUGAAGAGUUUGAAUCAGAUUCCAUAUUGACUGAAAA